AUGUCCAGGUAUCUAAUAGGCAAAACAGUGGAGGUAUACAUUAAUGACAUGGUCAUGAAGACCAAGAAACCUGAGAAUCAUCUGGCCGACCUGAAGACAGUCUUUGAUAUCCUAAGAACAUUUCGACUCCGACUCAAUACGUCGAAGUGCACAUUUGGAGUUGGGUCAAGGAAGUUUCUGGGAUACCUGGUCACUAGAAAAGACAUUGAGGCAAGCCCGGAUCAAAUCAAGGCCAUUCUGGAGUUAGAGAGCCCAACAUUGGCAAAACAAGUACAGAUGCUGACUAGAAAGGCUGCAGCCCUAAACAAAUUCAUAAGCAGAAUCCUUGCAUUUGGUCUUGCUGCGGAAACAGACCCGGUGGAACUUGUCAUAGGACUGUUAACCUCAUUGGAUCUCAUCGGGCAAUCCCUCACCAUGUGGCCAGUCUUGCCACAGCGAAAACACACAUCUGAUGCUCGAAAAGAGGCACCCAUGUGCUUCUUUCCGCAAUCGGGGCAGUUUGGAGUAGAUUCGCUACUUUGGCCUAUAUAUUGCCUUUUCGAAAACGACCGGCCUUUCUCGAAACUGGGUCCAGUCCUCUUUCCUCUUCAUUCUGUUGUUGGUGUUGUAGUUUGUUUCUUAGCUGCUAUUGUGGCUUCUACCAUCAAUGCCCUGUCAAGUACCUCCACAUAA